UUUAGAAUUUAAAAAAUGGGUGAUGUCGAGAAAGGCAAGAAGAUUUUUGUUCAGAAGUGCGCCCAGUGCCACACUGUGGAAAAGGGAGGCAAGCAUAAGACCGGACCAAAUCUCCAUGGACUGUUUGGGCGGAAGACAGGUCAGGCCGCUGGAUUCUCCUACACAGAUGCCAACAAGAACAAAGGCAUCACCUGGGGAGAGGACACCCUGAUGGAGUAUUUGGAGAAUCCCAAAAAGUACAUCCCUGGAACAAAGAUGAUCUUCGCUGGAAUUAAGAAGAAGGGAGAGAGGGCAGACCUAAUAGCUUAUCUUAAAAAGGCUACCAAUGAGUAAUUCCACUGCCUUAUUUAUUACAAAACAGUUGUCUCAUGGCUUUUAAUGUACACCGUAAUUUAAUUCAUACCCCCAAAUUCAGAUCAUGAAUGGCUAACAAUGUUUUUGUUGGACAGUCCUGAUUCAAGUAAACCUGACUUGUAGUAAAGUGGAUAUGAUCUUUUUUAAAAUAACAAUCCAGUCGCAUACAUACUAUCACUGUUCUCCCUUCAAGAUUGGACUUACUAGUAACGCUCUACUUUCCACAAAGAUGGGGGGGGGGGAUCAUCUCAAACCUAUUAAAUGGUUUUAUACUUGGAUUUAUAUAACUGGGCAUAUGAAUAUGUGUAACCACUGGGAAAACUCUAAUCACCUUCUCAGAAACAAGAAGGUUCACCUGUGUUUCAGUUUGUGUUCACUGGCCUGUUACAGGCAGUGGCUAAACGGCAAAAAGCAACUGUUCUUAAGGAUGCUGAUUUAUUUAGAAUUCCCUAUGUCAAGGAUGCUGCCUUUUACCACUGAAAGACACUUCUGUGGUUUGUGUAUGAUAUCAAAUAAAGAGUAUUUAACACGU